UGGUCUUUAAGGGCGAUUCUUUUGGAUUGGUCGAAGGGCUCUUAAACAGGGCUGAACAUUUAAUGGAUAGUUCGAUCAGUAAAGAGUAUAAAAAUCGCUUGGUAAAGGCUCUGAGCGUGUAUAAUAACUUCGCACAUUGGGUUGGUUUGGCCCC